CUAGCUAUUUGGUUGGGGAAUCUGAUUAUCAUGAUUUCUAUCACAUGUAGGCAGCUCAUCAACCAGCCCAUGUACUUCUUCCUUAGGUACCUUGCAAUUUCAGACCUUUUCUACACCUCCACUGUGACACCCAAGUUAAUGACUGACUUAACGAUGGAUUGGAAAGUCAUUUCUUAUAAUAACUGCAUGGCACAGCUUUUCACCACUCACUUAUUUGGGGGUAUUGAGGUCUUCAUCCUCACAGGAAUGGCUUAUGACCGCUAUGUUGCCAUCUGCAAACCACUCCACUAUGCCAUCAUCAUGAAUAAGCAAAUGUGUAACUUAAUUCUCAUAGCAUCAUGUGCAGGAGGGUUUCUGCAUUCCCUUGGCCUGUUUCUCCUUACAAUUUUAUUACCUUUCUGUGGCCCUAAUGAAAUAGAUCACUAUUUCUGCGAUGUAUAUACUUUACUGAAACUGGCCUGCACUGAUACACACAAGAUUGGCUUCUUGGUUAUUGCCAGUUCUGGCCUGAUGGGACUGGCGGUCUUCAUAGUUUUGAUGGCCUCCUACUUGCUGAUAUUAUAUAAUGUGAGAGCAUAUUCUGCAGAAAGACGCCGCAAAGCACUUUCCACUUGCAGUUCCCACAUCACAGUCGUGAUCCUGUUUUUUGCACCUGUCAUCUUUAUUUACAUUAGACCUGCCAUAACCUUACCUGAAGAUAAAGUGUUUACGCUAUUCUAUACAAUCAUUGUUCCCAUGCUCAACCCUCUUAUCUACACUCUGAGAAACACGGAGAUGAAAAAUGCCAUAAGGAGAGUGUGGCACAACCAAAGAUUGUUGGAAAGGAAUCCAGUGAUUGGAAGGUCAUUUAUCUUUUGA